UGUUGUUUAAAAAAGUAAGUGGUUGUUUUGUUGAUAGUUUCCGUUUCUGAACGAACAAAAACUUGCGCAAACUGUCAGCAGCUCACUUCAUACAAGAGGGAGAACUGUCAAAAAUUUGCAGGAAGGCACAUGCAAGCGCUGUUUACAAUUUUGGUACUCUACGCCACCUCCGUGUUUGUUGUUUAGCAGUGUUGUUAUCCUAUCGUGACGGGCCGUAAUCGCCGGGGUCGCGUACCAUGCCUCCUGCCGCAGCGGGCGUCGCGCCGCCGUCGCGUUCGUGAUACAUCGCGUAUGACGGGUGUGAUUUUUGCGUAACGUAAAGUCGCCAUGGGCGCUAAGCCGAGCACCGCGAACGGGGGGCAGAGUCCGCGCGCCAGGACAUUCUCGACGAGCUCCAGUUCGGAGGUGGUGUCGGGGGGCGCGGGCUUCAGCCUGCUGCGAGCGAUCCCGGGCAUCCAGGUGUCGAGCGACCGCCAGCGCGCGCGCUCGCUGUCGUCGGUGCCGGACCUGCACGCGUCUCACGAGGCUAUCGCCAUCCCGCCCAACUCGGCCAGCUACGAGGCGUCGGCGGCCGCCAGCCCCGACACCGACUCCAGCUCCAACGAGGAGGCGGCGCCCGCGCCCGGCACGUCGCUGGCGCUGGGCCGCGUGUACGCCGCGCACUCCCUGCCCUCACAUAUCUGGUCCAUUAACGGUAUGUUUUCACUAUCAUGGCCGCCGAGUACGUGAGCAGGUUUAUUUCGC